AUGCAGAAGAGAAUUAUCAACUUUAUCCAAGUUCCUAGCCAAGGGGACUUGGUGGGGAAAGAGUUGAUAAAUUGUCUUAAUGAGUGGGGUAUCUCCUUAGUUUUUGCAGUGACGGUUGACAAUGCCUCCUCAAAUGACGUUGCUCUUAGAAAAUUGAAGGGGCACUUAUUGGACAAAGACAAUACCAUUCCAUUGAAUGGCGAAAUGUUUCAUAUGAGGUGUUCAGCUCAUAUUUUGAACUUGAUAGUAACUGAUGGGUUGAAAGAGUUGAAUGAUGCAAUUUCAAGCAUUCGAAAUGCAGUGAGAUAUGUGCGAUCAUCUCCAGCUAGACUGAAAAGAUUUAAAGAAAGUUGCAAGGAUGCAAACAUUGAAUCAAAAGCCUUGUUAUGCUUGGAUGUAGUUACUAGGUGGAACUCCACCUACUUGAUGUUAGAAUCUGCUAUAAAAUGCAAGAAGGCUUUUGAGAAUUUGGAAGUAGAUGCGAACUACACAAAGUACUUUGAUGAAGAAAGAAUGGAUGGCCCACCAACCAACCAAGACUGGGAAAAAGCAGUUGUAUUUGUUGACUUUUUGAGGAGAUUCUAUGAUCUUACUAAUCGAUUUAGUGGGUCAUUAUAUGUCACAUCCAAUCUAUUCCUUCUAGAUAUUUUGAAGGUUCAAGCUGAUUUAACUACUAUGGCUUCUAAUCCUGAUACUUUGUUAGGGGCUAUGGCAGUUAGUAUGAAACGAAAGUAUGACAAGUACUGGGGAAGGAUUGAGAAGCUGAAUAUGUUGACAUUUAUUGCCAAUAUCCUUGAUCCAAGGUAUAAAUUAGAGGUUGUGAAUCGUGGUUUCAAAUUUGUGUACACUUCAAGUGAGGUUGAAAAAAUGAUAAAGUUGGUGACAAAUACUUUGGCACAGCUGUAUGCUUUUUAUAAACAACAACAACCAUCUCAGUCAUCUCAAGUUCAACCAUCUCAGCCUGUUAUCAAUUCCACUACAGAAUAA